GGGACGGGCCUCUCGUCAGCGGGGUCGUCUCCUCCCCCCCCAGCGCCAUGUGGCUGCUCCGCGCCCGGUGCGCCCUCCGGGGACGUCAGGCCACACCCCGCCACCAGGUUCUCUGGAAAGGUCUCCGAUGGAGUUCUUCCAAGAUUGUUCCUAAUGAGAAAAUCCGAAAUAUCGGAAUUUCGGCUCACAUUGAUUCUGGGAAAACAACAUUAACAGAACGAGUGCUUUUCUACACCGGGAGAAUAGCAAAGAUGCACGAGGUGAGAGGUAAAGAUGGCGUUGGCGCUGUCAUGGAUUCCAUGGAAUUGGAACGACAAAGAGGGAUCACUAUUCAGUCCGCAGCCACCUAUACCAUGUGGAAAGAUGUCAACAUCAACAUUAUAGAUACACCAGGGCACGUGGACUUCACCAUCGAAGUGGAACGAGCCCUGAGAGUGUUGGAUGGCGCGAUCCUCGUCCUCUGUGCCGUCGGGGGAGUUCAGUGCCAAACCAUGACUGUGAACCGCCAGAUGAAGCGUUAUGACGUCCCGUUUUUAACAUUCAUCAACAAGCUGGACCGAAUGGGGUCUAACCCGUUCAGAGCAUUACAGCAGAUGAGGUCCAAAUUAAAUCACAAUGCAGCUUUUCUUCAGAUUCCCAUCGGCUUGGAAGGUGAUUUCAGAGGCAUUAUCGAUCUUGUUGAGGAGAGGGCCAUAUUUUUUGAUGGAGACUUUGGCCAGAUCAUUCGAUACGAUGAGAUCCCUGCUGAGUUUCGAGCUGCGGCUACAGACCGCCGCCAGGAACUGAUCGAAUGUGUGGCUAAUUCGGAUGAGCAACUGGGUGAACUGUUUCUGGAAGAGAAGGUCCCCUCGGUGUCUGAUUUGAAGCAAGCAAUCAGAAGAGCAACGGUGAAGAGGUCCUUUACUCCUGUACUUGUGGGAAGUGCUUUGAAAAACAAAGGGGUGCAGCCUCUUUUGGAUGCUGUUUUAGAAUAUCUCCCUAAUCCAUCUGAAGUCCAGAAUUAUGCUAUUGCCAAUCAAGAGGGCUCAAAAGAAAGAAACAAAAUUCUGAUGAGUGCUGCAAGAGACAAUUCACAACCCUUUGUAGGCCUGGCUUUUAAACUGGAGGCUGGGCGAUUUGGGCAGUUAACCUAUGUGCGAAACUACCAAGGCGAGUUAAAGAAGGGCGACACCAUUUACAACACACGGACGGGGAAGAAGGUCCGCGUACAACGCCUGGUCCGCAUGCAUUCGGAUAUGAUGGAGGACGUUGAUGAAGUGUAUGCUGGCGAUAUCUGUGCAUUGUUUGGAAUCGACUGUGCUAGUGGGGAUACGUUCACAGAGAAAGAUAGCAGUGAGCUUUCAAUGGAAUCAAUUCACGUUCCCGAUCCUGUCAUUUCAGUAGCAAUGAAGCCCUCCAAUAAGAAUGACAUGGACAAGUUUUCAAAAGCUAUUAACCGGUUUACAAGAGAAGAUCCCACAUUUAGAGUCCAUUAUGAUGUGGAAAGUCGGGAGACGAUUGUCUCUGGAAUGGGAGAGCUACACUUGGAAAUUUAUGCUCAGCGGAUGGAAAGAGAAUACGGCUGCCCUUGUGUCACAGGAAAGCCCAAAGUUGCCUUCAGAGAAAGUAUUACUGCACCUGUAUCAUUUGAUUUUACUCAUAAGAGACAAUCUGGUGGUGCUGGCCAGUAUGGGAAAGUAAUAGGGGAGUUAGAACCUCUGGAACCUGAGAACUACACUCAGCUGGAGUUUGUGGACAAAACCUUUGGGACAAAUAUUCCAAAGCAGUUUGUGCCUGCAAUAGAAAAGGGUUUUUUGGGUGCGUGUGAGAAGGGCCCUCUCUCGGGUCAUAAGAUAUCUGGCAUUCGAUUCGUCCUGCAAGAUGGAGCCCAUCACAUGGUGGAUUCCAAUGAAAUCUCUUUCAUCAGAGCAGGGGAAGGAGCAGUUAAACAAGCCUUGGCAAGUACGUCACUCUGUAUCCUGGAGCCCGUUAUGUCCGUGGAGAUCGUGGCCCCAAAUGAAUUUCAAGGAACAGUGAUCGCUGGAAUCAACCGUCGCCACGGAGUAGUCACGGGACAAGAUGGCGCUGAGGACUACUUUACACUGUAUGCAGAUGUUCCACUGAACGACAUGUUUGGAUAUUCUACCGAACUUAGAUCAUCCACAGAGGGAAAGGGUGAAUAUACAAUGGAGUAUAGCAGAUAUCAGCAGUGUUUACCUGCCACACAGGAAGACCUAAUCAAUAAAUACCUAGAAGCCACCGGUCAACUUCCAGCAAAAAAAGGAAAAGCCAAGAACUGAUUUUCCUCAUCUUGAACUCAGCACUGACCUCUUCACGAUCCUUUCCAAAUUCAGAUGCCUUGAUGGAUUCCAAUGUGAUGAACUCUGACCGUUUAGGGUUUUUUGUUGUUGUUGUUGUUUAAAGAUAUAUGGCCUUUAAAUUUAGAAAAAUACCAAGAGUACAGAAA